AUGGCUUUCUCCACCUCUGAGGUUGAUGAGGCCUUUGACUACUUGUUCAAGAUCAUUUUGAUCGGAGAUUCCAACGUCGGGAAGACAUGUGUGGUGCAUCGUUUCAAGUCAGGGCAAUACUAUGUGAAGCAGCAGAACACCAUUGGAGUGGACUUCACAGUGCGCUCCUUGGAGAUUGAUGGCAAGAAGGUCAAGAUCCAGGUGUGGGACACAGCAGGCCAAGAACGCUUCCGCACAAUCACCCAGAGUUAUUACCGCAGUGCCCAUGGUGCUAUUCUUGCCUAUGAUAUGACAAGGAGGUCCACUUUUGAGUCUAUCCCUCACUGGAUUCAUGAGAUUGAAAAGUAUGGUGCAGCUAACUUGGUCUUGAUGUUGAUAGGGAAUAAGUCAGAUGAAACAGAGAAGCGCCAAGUCCUGUUUGAAGACGCUUGCACACUGGCUGAGAAGCAUGGUCUACUGGCUGUCUUAGAGACCUCAGCCAAAGAGGCCCAAAAUGUUGAUGAGGUCUUCAUAUUAAUGGCUAAAGAGCUCAUGGCUAGAAAUGCCUUGCAGCUAAGUGGGGAGAAUGGUCCCGCAGGCAGCAUUUAUCUGGACACCAGGCCAGUGAUGACCACUCAGCUUGACAAGUCUGACUGCUCAUGUUGAUGAGAAGCUUCAAGAAGAAGCACUUCUGGUGGUCCAUAUUAUUUGAGUUUCCUGUCUAGCCUUGGCUUGUGGCCCUAAUUCAGCCAUACAGUGCUGACCUGUUCUCCAGAGGUAGAUGCCACUCCUUAUUGCCAUGGUCAAAGCAGGUUGUGGAGGUCAAAACUGGUGGUGCUA